GAUAAUGAUUGACAGAGAGGUUGCUACAAAAGGGAACAGCAUCAUUUGUCUCUUCAAAGGUUCAUCAUGAGGAUUGACGUCGCUCUCCAGCUGGGCUUCUGUGCCCUGUGUCUAAUUCUAGCAUUUCUUGGAGGAGGAACGGGAGUGGAACUUCCUGAUCCACCAGCAGAAAAUUGCGCUUGGAGCCGCUGGACAGCGUGGAGUGCUUGUGAUCCGUGCACGAAAACCAGAAGGCGUUCUCGAAGUGUAGAAGUGUUUGGCCAGUUUGGUGGCCAGUCCUGCACCUCAUCAAUAGGGGAUAGGGAGUACUGUACAACACCGGAUGUAUGUACGAAACCGCCUGCCCCUGAAUGCUCUGACACAGAGUUCCAGUGCGAGUCAGGUACGUGUAUCAAGAAGAGAUUAUUGUGCAACGGGGACUAUGACUGCGAGGAUGGAUCAGAUGAGGACUGUGAUGAGCCUUCGCAUAAACCCUGUGGUUCGAAAAUCCUGGAAAGCAGUGAGCAAGGCCGGACAGCAGGAUAUGGAAUCAACAUCUUGGGUGCAGAUCCUCGAAGGAACCCCUUCAACAAUGAUUACUACAAUGGGAGGUGUGAGCGCGUGAUGAAUCCAAACACUAAGACGACAGACAGGGUUCCGUAUAAUGUCGGUGUUCUCCACUACGAGACUCUAGCGGAAGAAACCGCGUCUAAAGAAAUCUACGAGGACACACACAGUCUCCUGAGGGAAAUGUUGACUGAGAUGAGUCUCAAAGUCGAAGUUGGACUUUCCUUCAAAUUCUCAAAAACUGAAAAGUCCAUGAUCAAUACUUCUUUAAGUGGCAAUUUUGGAUAUGAGAAGAAAGAAAUGAUUAGGAAGGUCACGGAGUUCUCCAACACUGUGAACAAGAGCUUUAUGCGGGUAAAGGGCAAACUACAGAUGAGUACCUACAGGAUGCGCUCCCUUGGGCUCAAAGUGACAGAAGAAUUUCUAGAGCAUCUCCAAUCUUUGCCUUUGGAAUAUGAGAAAGGUAUUUAUUUUGCCUUCCUGGAGGACUAUGGAACACACUACACCAAAAACGGGAAGUCUGGUGGCGAAUACGAGUUGAUCUAUGUUCUCAACCAGGACGCCAUCAAGCGAAGAAAUCUGACGGAGAGACAGGUUCAAGAAUGCUUCAGAGUUGGCAUCAAUGUAGACGUGGCUGGAAAGGCUUUAGUAGGGGGAGGACAUGGCAAACUUGACAAGUGUAAAAAUGUAACAAACAAACCUACAGAUGCUUCUGAGGGAAAAGCCCUGGUGGACCGGGUGAUGACAUCAGUCAAAGGAGGUACUCUCUCAGCUGCUGCUCUCAUGAGAGCGAACCUGAAUAAGGAAGGGCUGAUGGACAUAGCUACAUAUCAGACCUGGGCGCAGAGCAUCGUUGAUGGCCCUGCACUGAUUAAGAGUGAGCCUGAGCCCAUCUACAUGCUGAUUCCAGUGGACAUGCCGGGCGCCAGCAACAGGACAUCCAACCUGAGGGAGGCCAUCGCGGACUACGUGGCCGAGUAUAACGUGUGCAAGUGUAAGCCUUGUCAUAACGGAGGCACUCUUGCUCUAGUGGAUGGGAAGUGCAUAUGUAUGUGUUCUCACCUGUAUGAUGGUCUGGGCUGCCAGAAUUACAAGCCAGAUAGAUCAAAAUACGCAGCUACAAGACCUCCUCCCUCCCAUGAAGGUAACUGGUCAUGCUGGUCUUAUUGGUCAAGCUGUAGCGGACGGACACGCACCAGGACACGCAGGUGUAACACCGAUGGGCUCCCUGGAGCUGUGUGCAGAGGAGACACCAGAAGUGAAGAAUACUGCUGAGCAGAUUAAUGAUCAUUUAACAAGCAGCCUCAAGCUAAAUCAAGCCAAUCAGUAAAAAAUCUAUUUUUAUCUUUACAUGUUUAGUCAGGAGAACGGAGCCAUCUUGAGGUUGGUAACGGAUAAUACAAUUCAUAAAACAACAGGGUGUUUUCUAUGUUUAGAUCUUUAGAUCUUUUGUGAUUUAAAUGUAUGGAAUUAGGAUAUUAUGAUUUCUGUGAAACUUAAAGGAUCCAUUGCACCCCGGCACACAUUUUAAUACAAAUGAAACAAAUUUAAAGGACAUUAUUGAUUAAAUAAAAAAAUGCAUUAAGCCAAAUCACGUCUGUGAUUAGAAUUAUAAUAAAUAUGUGAUGCUACAGUCCUCCACUGUACACCUUGAUGUUUUCAGUAUAUCAAUACCACUUCUGAUGUAAAGCGAGCUUAAGUUAUAAUUUUGGCAACUUAAUGUUGCUCCAAGUAACUUCUCAGAACCAUUACUCCCAAAGGUUUCUGCUAUCUUUUACAGCCCGCAGUACCCUGGACAGAAAAGAGAGAGCAUGACCUGUUCAGUCAUCAAUCAAUCUCACAUUUAGAUCCAAAACAACGUGUGUCUUUCCACUUUAGUCCACUUAAAACAGUGCUGUGCUAAAGUAUGUAUUAAUGGGUAAAUAACUCAUCUUUAAAAGCAUGGACACAUUCCAGCUGGCUUUGCUGCGCAAAUGAGAACCAGAUGAGUAGAAGCAGGAUGCAGGAGAGAACCGACUGGAGAUUAAGGUGUUUGACACAAACGUGACACAAAAGGAGACAUUAUAUGUGCAUUCUACACUUUUCUCAGUUACCAUUUAGAGUUCCUGAAACUUCAUAUUUUAUGUUUAUUAACUCGUAAAUUUUAUGGCAAUUGUACUUUGAAAUCAGGAACUGUGGUUCCGUUUUUGCAUCAGUAGCACCAUUAUAAACUGUGUUUUGUCACAUGGGAAGCAAGGCUAUCAAUUAAUGAGGGGGUAAAUCCACACCAAAUACAAGCUCUCUUUGCUUUAAA